AUGGUCUCCGAUGGGGCACAGAAGAGUGGGCCAGUACCAGGCGACCACGUUGACCAGCUCCUGGAGGAGUACCUGCGAGUCAUCAACGACAAGGAUGACCAGCUUCACCGUCUGCUCCGACAACUGCAAGAUCAAGAGGCAGUUGCCGGGCAGAGGGAGGAGAACCACACCGCGAAGCAGAGACAGCUUGCGGAGCAGCUGCAGAGCAAGAGCAGAAAACUGAAGGAGAUGCAGGCGCAGUCCGCGCGUGAUGAGGAGACGGUUCACAAACUCGUGCUCAACUCGGAGGCCCUCAAGAAGCAACUGCAAGAGAGCGAGGAGCGCGCCAAGGACCACGCGGUAGCGACAGCUGAAGCUGCGGCAAAGCUUCACCGACUGGAAUGUGAAUUAUCCGACGCCAAGGCCACCCUUGCGGCGGUACAGGCCCAAAAAACGAAAUGCGAUGAGGGGUGGGCGGCAACCCAGCUGCAGUUGGAGGCGCAGACCGCCGCUGUCGCGAACCUGAAGAGUGAGCUGGAGGUAGCUACGCGGACGCUGGGUGAGGCUCGGUCACAUGCGCAGCAGCUGCAGGCGCGCAUCCAGGAAAUGAUGCCGAUUCACGAGCACACGUCGGCGCUCGCCGCACUCGAGGCAAAAUCGGCGAGCGAGCGUUUAAAGAGUAAUCAAGAGAUAGAAAAGCUGCAAGAAGCGCUCUCUAGCAGAGAAAUAGAUCACCGCACAGCGAAGCAGGCGCUUCGGAAAGCGCAGCAAGACGUGGAAGAGUUGACGGUCCUGCUGCAGACCGCCACGAAAGCGCUCGAUACCACGAAACACCAGCUCACGACGAUGGACUUGACGAAGCAGCAGACAGAGCGAGAGCUGCGCGAGGAGGCGGCGCGGUGCCGUCGAGCGCAGAUGGAGUCUGCCGAGCGCGUUGGUGAGCUGGAGCGGUCCUUGGCGCGGUCGAAAGAGGCGCUCCAGCGCACCGCGGCGGAGCUGCAGGCAGCCUGCGCUCAACACGAGCGCUACAAGGCUGUAUCGGAAAAGGCGCACGAGGGGGUGCAGGCACAAAACCGCACGCUGCAGGAGCAGCUGCGACAAUCUCAGGAUGAUGCGGACCGCGCGCGUCGGCUACUCGAGACACGAGAGCGGACGAUCAGCGACGGAGCCGACGCACUAGCUCGCGCUCGUGAGGAGGCCACUCGCACGCAAGCAGAGCUGCGCGAGAAGCUGGCUACUGCCACAGCAGCCGCGGCCUCGCGAACUGAGGAGCGUGAUCGUCUGCAGCACGAACUGAGCCGCGCGCAGUCGGAGCUGGCGGAUGCGCAACGGCGCACUGCUGCCGACGAGCAUAGCCUGUCGCAGAAGCUGGAGGAGCUGCAGGCUGGCGUGCAGCGUCUGCAUCUGCAGCUGCGAGACAAGGAGGAGGAGACGCGCCGCGCCGAGCUCGUCCACGGCAAGGAGCUGCAGAAGCUUCAACACGACCACGCAUUCGGCAUAGAAGACAUGCGGCGCCGCCACGAGAGCGAGGUGCAGGACUUGCACGCGCGGCUGGAGCUCGCACGCACGGAGCUAAGUGAGAGGGCGGGCGGAUCGAAGGGGCUGGAGAAAGAACUCCAUCACGUCGCGGAGGUGCGGCAGAGCAUGCGGAGCGAGAUGAGCCGCCUGCAAAACACCAUCGAGGCGAAGGAGACGGUCAUUCAGAGCCUACAGCGGGAGGCCGAUAAGCAGCAGGCAGAGGUUGCCCAGCUCACGCAACGCUUAGCAGCGCACGAGAGGAGCGAAGACGUCCUGCGGCAGCGCAUCGAGGAGGCAGAGCGGGCUCAACUAGACUCCAAGGCAGCAAGAGAGAGAGCAGAGGAGGGCGUGGUGGCCAUCAGGAAAACCGCAGAGGUGAGCGCCGCCACCCUUGCUGCAGUGGAGACCCAGCUACGCGAGAAGGACGGCACCAUCGCCGCCCUCCGUCUGGAGGUGAGGGAGUGCGUAGAGGCGAAGCAGAUGGCCUUCAAGGAGGUCAUGCAGGAGAAGUCGAACUGCGACAAGCUAGCACUCUCCCUGAAGGCAACGGAAGAGCGGGUUGACAAGGUUGAGAUGGAACUGCGCGCCGCCUUGCAGGAGCAGCAGCGGUUACAGCGUUGCGUCGACGAGAAGUCGAAGGAGGUGCGGCGCCUCAAGGAGGAGGGGGAACAGCGCGAUGCAGAGUGCGCACGCCUUGCACGCCACGCAGAGGAUGUGGAGUCGCUCGCCAAGCGCACUGCUGAGGAGCUGCGCCAGACAAUCCAUGAGCGUGACGACACUAUUCAGCGCCUCCGCAGCGAACAGGCGACAGUGCUUCCCCACCUCAACGAAGAGAAGGGCAAGAGUCUUGUUCUGCUAGAAAAGCUGCAGCAUCAGCAGGAGCUUAGCCGCAUGCACAUGGACAACGCCCAGCAGCGCAUCCGCAGCCUGGAGGAGGCCGUCGCGGCGCGAGAGGCGGAGGUGGGCGCGCUUCAAUGCGACAAGGCACGCGCCGAGCAGCAGCUGCUAGAGGUCCAAACACAAGUGGCGACGCUCACGGGCACCCUAGACAGUCGGGAGCACAAGUACCAGCAACGCAAGGAGGAGGUCCAAAAGGCGCUGCAGCAGGUGGAGGAAGUCAAGGCAGCUACAGUGGUGACGCUUGAGCGUGCCGAGGAGCAGACAGCCGCCGCCAACGCGAUUCGCGAGAGAUACAAGGCAGAAAAGACGAAGAUGGAGGUGCUCUUGCAGCGCAUGGAGGAGCGGGUGCGGGCCUCGGUGAAGCGCGAGAAGGAGGAUCGUCAGCGGGAAACCGACCUGAUCGAGAAGCUCACAGAGACGGAGGAGGCGCUGCGGCGAGCACAGUCCACCGUGGACUCACGUGUCAGUGAGGUGAAGGCGCGUUACGAGGAGAUGUGCCGCAAACAGAAGGAGUCAUUCUGCGACGCCACGAACGAUGCCAUGGCUGCCGAGAAGCUCGCGACCUCUUUGCAAAUGCAGCUGCACGAGGCGCAGCGCAGAGCGCUGUCUGCAGAGGGUAGCUACCGUGAGCUGCAGCGCCACGUCGCAGCGUCCCGAGCUCUGGCACUGGAGGAGUACGCGGAGGAGGCAACGGAAAUGAAGCGAGCGUGCAUGGACCUUGUCCUACGUGCGCACAGCGGCACCGUGUCCCGCGCUGCAAGCGUUGCCAGGGACAGCUGGUCUGUUGCCCAGAAGACAGCAGCUGAGCUCUGCGAAGGCGCGAGGGACACGGAGCGGCAGCUGGCCCGCCUUCAGUUGAGACACAAGGCAGAGAUGCGAGCCGUCGAGGAGGCUCACCAUCGGCGGAUGGAGGCUGCCGCGGCAGAGCACCACGAGGAAGUUGCGCGUGCUCAGAGAGAGCUGGCUGAGGCGGAGCGGUGCGUGCUGACGCUUAAAGAAGCAGCGCAGCGCACCGACGACGACCGAGAGCAGCGCAUGCACGCCUUGAAGGACUCUCUGGAGCGCGCGACAGCGUUGCUGGAGAUGGAGAAGCGCCAGACGGCCUCCCUGCACGAGAGGAUUGCCUCGGAUGAGGCGAAGCGCAGCAGUGAUGCGCGGGCUGCCGAGGAGGAGCGUCGCAGCAUGCAGCACCAUUACGACAAGCUGAAGCGUCAGCUGGAUGAUCGAGUCGUGGAGCAGAAACACAACGAGGACGAGCUUCGGGAGCUGCGCGCGGAAGUGGCCGCGCUGCAACGCGUGCUGGGUGAGAAAACCCGGGAGGCGAAGCAAGAGGCCGACCGGGCGACUAAGGAACAGGAGCGGCUGGUGGCCGCUGUUGAGGCCCGCGAAGCCGCCCAACAGCGCUGCGACGAGCUGCAAAAGCAGAUGAACUUCAUGCGUGGCCAGCUAGAGACGGCGCGGCUGAAUCACGAGCGCGUCGUCACCGAGCAUCAGGCGACCCAGCGGGGCCGUGAUAUGCGACUCGAGGCAGCACAAGCAGAGCUCGCUACUGCCGUUGCGGAGAGGCGCAGGUACCAGCGCGAAGUGGAGAGCCUGGAGCAGCGGGUGAAGGAGCUGACGAAAGAGGUGCAAACUCUGCGCCAGCACGAGGCAGAAAUCCUCGGGCAGCUGCAGUCAUACAAGGCGGAGGCUUCAGCGCUGCGUGAGCGGUGCGCGAACGUGGAGUCGCUCAAGAACAUUAGCGAGGCCUCCCUCGCCGAAACGCAAGCGCGCGAGCGCGACCUGAUGGAGAAGAUCGAGGAGCUGCGCAAUGCUCAGCAGCUCAUGCAGCUGUGCUUUGACAAACAGCAGGAGCAGCUGGAAGUGGGCCGUCGUCUCCGCCAGCAAGACGCGCUGCAGGGGUCGCGGUUUCCCUCGUAG